AUGUUUCUCCAAACAUGUAGAAGGUCAUGUUAUGCUUUUCUAAACCUAAAAAGUAAAAAACAUACAAGUUCAAAAUUUUUACGAUUUUUUUCCAAAGGAAUUGAGGAAAUUAUCUCUCAACACGAUUCAAACAAUUUACAUUCAAAAUUGCUAAGUGAGGAAAUUCAAAAUUUAAAAAAGUUGAAACAGCACACCUUCGACGUUGACGUCAAGGAGCUCAAUCGACUCAUUAAGAGGGGAAAACUCAACAGAGUUGGGAAAAUCGCACAAAAAGGGAACUCCCCCCGCGCACAAAGCCCAUUAAGCGUGUUAAGCGGCCAACGAGGCGACAGCGCACUAAGUACGUUAAGCACAUUAAGCCGCCAAACAGGCGAAAGUGUAUUAAGCACAUUAAGCCGCCAAACAGGCAAAGUAAGCCAUAACCGUAUGACGAAGGGCGCCUGCAGUGUGGAAAACAUGAAGGAGAACACCAGGACCACCGAAAAAGGGGAACAAGCCAAAGUCGUAGAUCUUCCCCAGGAGGCAUACCCUCAUGAGCUGAAAGAAAGCAAAGCGACACUGCCACAAUCAGCAGCAGCAAAAAAUACGGCUGGAGGCAUAAGCGUUUUCGAGCACCAAGUUGAUAACACCAAUGGAGACGUACCUAAUGUGAACCUGAAUGUGGAGGAACUACGCGUGUUAGAUGAGUACAUGGAAAACCUAGACAUAUGGAAGGAGUACAAAAGGGACGGACAACAGGUGCAGAAGAGUGAGCAAGAAGCUCAAAGGGACCUUUCUGAAGAGGACACUGCGGCUGGAACAGAGGUGAAGAGCUCCAGUCCUGUUGCAAACACCUCUGCUGACGCCAGCCCCUCUGCUACCCCCCCUGCUGAUAACACCUCUGCUGAGAACGGCUGCGAUGGGAACACCUCCGUCGAGAACUUCUCCGAUGAGAACAACUCCAACGACCGGACCCCCGUUGGACACACGUCGCAUGAGAACACCCCCGGGAGAGGCGCCUCUGUGGAGGAUGAGAAGGACCUGGCUUGCUACCUGAUGUCAGGACAUAACUCUAGCAUGUUCAUGGAUGCAUCACAUGGUGAGGGCGAUUCUAAGGAAGAUGUUAAGAACGAUAAUGAUGAGGGGCAGGUGCAAGUCAAGUGUAAGAAGGAAGUCACAUGGAAUAAGGAAGUCAAGUUGGAGAACGAAGUUAUGUUGGAGAAGGAAGUAAAGUCGGAGGAUGAAGACAAGCAGGAAAAUAUGUGCAAGAUGCGAACGCGUGGUAUGACCUUCGGGAAGCGUAUCAAUUACAAUGCCAUAGAAAGAGCGUGGGAGAUGCAGGACGAGGAGGGCAACAUCAACCACCUCCAGAACAAACGCCUCGUAGGAGCAUGGUCACCAAGACCGCAGAAGAGGAACAGAAACAAGUACGUGAAGAAGUGUAUCAACAAGUACGUCGAGCAGUGCAGUGACAUGUGCAAUGACAUGUGCAAUGACAUGUGCAGUGACAUGUGCAGUACCGUGUGCAGUAAGAAGUGCAGUAAGAAGAGAAGCAAGAAGAGUAGUAAGAAGUGCAGUAAGAAGCGCAGUAAGAAGUUCACCAUGAAGAACAGAAAGACGCAGUGCAACGAGCAGAACGACUGCGACAUGUAUAAGAAGCCCCUCUUUACCUUAAAAAAAGGCCCCUGGUCAAAGAGCAAAGUAUUUAAGUUCAGCGAAAAAAAAUACAAGAAAUAUGUCCUACCCGAAAGCACUUUGCUUGCUAUGCACAUGCAUUGGGACCAUGUAAUCUACAAGGGUAUGCACAAGGCGUUAGGCGCUACUGAAGAGGAAAUUCUCAACGAGGGAAAUUUGUGCAGACAUGGAAGUUAUGGGCAGUACUGUGUGUUCAAGAAUGAAAAGUGCACUGGCGACGUAUCCCCUAGUCUGCAGAAGAAGGCAGGAACCUUUGACGAAUUCUCCGUUCUCAACAUGAUGUUCCUGCUCGACGAGCGCCAUCAGCAGGGCGGAUGCGAUGACCUCGCAGAACCCUACUCGUGGGAGGAAGAAGAAGAAGUAGUAAAUGAAAUAGCCGUCAAUGACGGAGCAGUAAAUGACGGAGCAGUAAAUGACGGAGCAGUAAAUGAAGUAGCAGUAAAUGAAGUAGCAGUAAAAGACGAAGUAGCAGUAGAAGGCGAAGUAGCAGUAGAAGGCGAAGUAGCAGUAAAAGACGCAGUAGCAGACGCAGUAGAGGACGCAGUAGAGGACGAGGUGGCAGGGGAGGAGAUUCAAACAAACCUAAACAGUCGCUUUGACGUUCGGAACAUCAUGAGAAUGGAUACCAGACACUGUAAUGCAUCUGAAGGAGUUUUCAUCUUGACCUUCCUCUUGGUGAUGAAUUCCCUGACCCCAGCAGUGCUACACAGAUUCGCUGCCCUCUUUGUGAACAACUUGAGUCAGCUGAAUGAGAACCAGAUCCUGUUGCUUCUCUACCUCUAUGGAGCGGAAAAAAAAAAUUUUGAAAAUAUAAUAAACAUGCUUAAGGUCUUUUAUUUGAAUAGAAGAGCAUAUGUACAAAAUGAAAUGAAUGCACUCCGCAAAAUAUAUCUUCCAUGGAUGAAGAACGAUACUGCAUUGUUGAAACUGAAAAGGGAAGAAAUACUUCAAAUGUGUCGCUGCAGGUAUUACAAAAUGCUCAAACGAGACCGUCUAGACCUACUGUUUCUAAAGGUUUGUCUCAAGCAUGGCAUUAACUUAGAUCAGGAAUUAAAAUUGUUUUAUCGCGAAGGGGAUGAUAUUGCAUACAGAGGAACAUAUUACUUGAAACUAUUCGAAUGCUUUUGUAACCUGACCAGCAAGAAUGAUGAAAACCUUCUCAUCAUGGCCUUGAAGAAGCCACCCUUUUCAAUUAAAAAGUUGACCUUAUACAAGACUGAAACCUAUUUCAGGAAAGCAUUAAGCAUGAGAUAUAAAUCUAAUUGUGUGAGUAGCUAUUUUGAAUUGAAGACCGUAUUGAAAUGCCUCAAGCAGAUCGACACUGCAUUUUUUUACAAUUGUGUUAGAAAGUGCAAGGAAGACCAGUGUUAUGGACAGCCCAUUACGACCAACACACAAUUGAGAGCACAAAAUGAAGGAGUCACUCUUCCGUGUUUGCAGUACGGCGACUCUAAAAGAAUAGUAAAAUCAAAAAAGCGCCCGCACAAGACCUUAGUAGACUCUGAGGAGCAGGGAAAAAAAAAACGAAUCAGGAACGUAAAGAUUGUAAAACAGGGGGUCGAUUCAGGAGAGAUAUGUCCUGUGGAAGAAACACUUGCGAAUGCAACUGUUGAUGUUUACUCUAUCGUAACAUUUUAUAUUUUAGUGAAUCAUAUGAUGCGGUUUUUUGUGCUUCCUGUUUUUCGCAUAUCCGAUUUGUUCAUACAAUUAAAAAAUGCCGUCAUCCCCAAGGAAGCGCUCAUCUUUCGCGAUAACGAAGUGUUCAUGGACUGCGCGAUUCUUCUGCACGAGUGCUGCAAGGAAGCAAAAAACGGGGUGGCAAAAUGCGAGCCGACAGGGGUGCAAAAAGACGUGCCAACGGGAGCGUUAAAACGCGAGCCGGUAGAAGAUUGUUCACACGCCCAGGGAGAAGCCAUAGUGGAGUCCAAACGAAUAAGCCAUGACUACUUCGUCAGGAGAAAGCAUACUGUAGCAUUGUUCAAGGGAGACCAAAAAAGUGCAAAUAAAUAUUGGCCUUGCGAUGAAAAUGUAACAGUAAAAAAAAUACCUGUAAGCCUUUUGGUGAAUUGCAUUUCUGUCAUUAACCACUAUGUUAAGGACUUAGUCGUUUCCCUUGGCCAACACAACAUAAUGCACGAAGAUAUCCUUUUCACCCUCGAGUUUUUUUACGUCAAGUACCUUGUCUUGUUGAAUACCAUGCAGGAGCAGUGGAACAAUGCGUCUCUUGAUCGGGAAGCUGGCAAAAAGUACAAGCGCAUGGGAGACCACCUCUUCACACAGGUGGAGGAAAUUAUCCCCCCCUGCUUCAGAAACUUAGGAGAAAUAAACGAUGAUGCAAACAAAUCUCACUUUCGUUGGCAAAAACCGACAUGCAUCACGGAUAAGGGUCUAACAGACUAUUGCCAGUACCUGGAUUCUCCAGAGGGAGAGGCGGACAAGGCGGGCAAAGCGGACAAAACGGGAAAAAAGGACAAGAUGAACAAAGCGGGCAAAGAGGACAAAGAGGGCAAAAAGGACAAGACGAACAAAGCGGGCAAAGAGGGCAAAAAGGACAAAACGGGCAAAAAGGACAAAGAGGGCAAAAAGGACAAGACAAACAAAGCCAACAAAGCCGACAAAGCGGACAAAACGGACCAAAUGGACCAAACGGACAGUGGAAACUCAGGCCCCCUCGACACAUUUAGAUCCCAUGCCACCACCUGCAAAUUUACCUCCUCCUUCAUUUUCAACACCGUCCUCAAUAUUAUGAUUCAAUAUAUCAAAUACGAUUUCAAUAAAGACAUGAGAAAGAAAAAGGACGAUUGUUGGUUUUCUUCAAAAACCAAGUUUCUGAAAAUCAUGAUUUACACACUCACAUGCUACACAAAUAGUCUGUGUUUAGAAAAAUGGGAUUACUUUGACUUCAUCACACAGAAUUACCUGCCGCACCUGCACCUUUUGCCCAACUGGGAAAACACUGGCUGUGGUGUCCAAUUGCGAAACAUGAGGGCCAGCCUUCGAAGCAUGCGCGAUGUUAUUGAACAAUUUUCCAAGUAUAUAGUUUUUUGCUUACCGAACAUGAGUGCGCUAAAUAUAAACGAAGAUGAAUUAACAAGCCUUACAAGAUUCCUCUCCAUGUUUUUAAUUCCCCUGCAUUUGCACGUAUACUUUGAUAACAAAUUUUCCUUUUACGGAAAUUCAUGGUCAAAUGCGAGCAAACUGUACUCCGUGGAUGGCUGCGCGGAUGGCUCCGCAGACGUCUCCGUGGAGAGCUCCCUGGACAGCGUGAAGGAUAGCGUGAAGGAUAGCGUCAAGGAUAGCGUCAAGGAUAGCGGCAAGGAUGAAGAAAACCACACUGCCCAGCACGACAACAACGAUGGAGAUGAUCUCAAAGAAGAAAUGCCGAAACAAAAAAACGAGCUAAUUUUGUACUAUGAAAACAUUUUAGAGCUUUACCUUAAGGAAAUAUUUUUGAUCAAUCCCAUGAACAUGUCUAUUGACAAUUUAGUGACUAGACUGGAUAUCAUGGCUCGUGUACUAAUUGUGCUUGUUCAGCACAACAUGUCACACAAAAUGGUCCUGAUGGACCUGAAUAAAACAUUGGAUCGCCUCGUCUUCGAGUGCAACAAAAUCGAUCCCAAGCAUCACCCUAUCAUCCUCAGCUCUUGCCAAAAUAUAAUGGAUCACAACAACCUGAAGAAAUACAAACUGGGCUGCGUUAGAAACUGCUCAGUGCUGUACAACUACAUUAUGGACAGUUGCUAG